AUGUGCUUUUCAUUGCCAAAAUUGCUCAACGUCUCGGCAUUAGCCCUCGCUGUCUACUUCUUCAUAUUUGCUAAAGUCCAAGCUGCUCCUAUCGACAACUCUGUCCCAUCAAAGAAAAACAUCAUCUUUUUAGUUGGUGACGGGUUGGGUCCAAGUGGUGUCACCUUAGCUAGGUACUUUAGACAAUACAAAGAGGAUUUGCCAAUCAAUGACUACUUGGAAUUGGACAAGUACUUGAUUGGAAUGCAAGGUCACAGAUCCAACUCCAGUUUGAUUACCGACUCUGCCGCGGCUGGUACUGCGUUGGCCACUGGGAGGAAGACCUACAACGGUGCCAUUAGUGUUGACGCUGAUGGUUUCCCUGUUGGAGCAGUUGGAGAAGCUUUGAAGUUGCAAGGAUAUACUACUGGUGUUGUUGUGACCACUACUGUUACUGAUGCUACCCCAUCGGUUUGGUUUGCUCAUGCAAAGAAUAGAGCAUCUCAAGAUUUGAUUGCCGAGCAGAUGGUUGGUGAGAUCCAUCCCUUGGGAUUUGUUCCUUCAUUGAUCCUUGGUGGUGGUCGAGAGUACUUUUACGGAUUGGAUCAAGGUGGGUUGAGAGCUGAUAAUAGAAGCUUGAUUGAAGAAGUCCAAAACAAUGGAACCUGGACUUAUGUUGGAGACAGAGAGGGGUUUGACUCGUUAGAUGAAGGCAGAAAUGUUGAAUUGCCAUUGUUGGGCUUGUUUGCUGAAGACGAUUUCCCAUACAGAAUCGACAGAGAUGAUUCUGAAUAUCCUAAUUUGGUUGAGCAAGCUAGAGUUGCGUUGAAUGCAUUGGCGAAUGCUACUGCGGACUCUGAUCAAGGAUUCUUUUUGGUCAUUGAGUCCUCAAGGAUUGAUCAUGCUGGCCAUGCUAAUGACUCUCCUGCUCACGUUGCUGAGACUUUGGAAUAUGAUGAUACCAUUGCUGAGGUGUUUAAUUUCAUUCAAAACACCGAUGUCGACACUAUUGUUUUGGCUACUGCUGAUCACGAAACUGGUGGUUUGGAUCUCAAGUCAACGUCCUUUAGCACUUACGAUGCUAUUGCUAAUGCUACCCGCUCUGCUGAGUAUUUGUCUAAUGCCAUCUCAGAUUUUGAAGACAAGGAAAACACCGAUUCAUUGAACUCUUUCAUUAGAGCAACUGUCAUUGAAGAAGGUUUGGGUUUGACAAACUACACUAAUGAAGAGGUUGAAAGACUUGCCAAUUUGGUUGCUGCCGGAGAGGACGAUAGCUUGUUGACUGCUAUUUCCAACUUGACGGCUUCAAGAGCUGCUACAUUAUGGGGCUCUAUCCAACAUACCUCGGUUGACGUUGGUAUGUAUGCCUUCUCCAACUCCCCUUACUUGAUGCAAAAAGUUUUGAACACCAAGGACGGAUUGGCUGGGUUCCAUGAGAAUAUUGAUUUCAGUGUAUUCAUCAAGUCUAUUACCGAUAUUGAUUUGGAUGACGUUACUCAACAAGUUGCUGAUGUUGCCCUUGAAUAUUGA